GUAAGUUCCGCCAUAUUGCAAAAGUUGGAAAAUCUUAAAUGGCGUCGUUCUCCGAUGUCCUCAGCCCGAGCUAGUUUUACUAGCGAUUGCCAACCAUUUUUUCCCGCUGCCCGCAAAAAAACUGUUGUGAACUUCAUACAGCGGACUGCGUAGAGUGACUUCUAAUCUCCUUCUAUUGGUUAGGCAGUUGUUGAAAAUUUUGAUUCUUUUUUCUCGUUCACCUCCCUAUCGAAAGAACAUACAGGCCCAAAUGGCGUUAGCCAUCAGAAUCACUGACGGGAUUACAGUGUGAAAAACUAGUCACAAGAACGUUUUUCCACUUACACCCGUCCUUUUUCUACCCUCCCAUCAACAAGAGUCUACACUCAUCUCUUAUAUAUUGAAACAAUAUACAAAAUUCUUAAAAGAGAUUUCUGAAUCUUGAGGUUGUGUCGAGUGUCAAGUGUCUUCGACUGUGUCAGGUGUGUCUUCUGUGUGCACUGUGUGCAGACUGUAGUUUACAGCUAUGUUCUUGGCGUGAGUCAAAUUAUCAUUACAAUUUUAAAAAUGAGCGGACGGCCGCGCACCACCUCAUUUGCUGACAAGACAUCUUUAAAUCCUUCAUUUGGUAAAGAUGGGAGCAAGGUCACCACAGUGGUGGCAACCCCUGGACAGGGACCUGAUAGAGCUCAAGAAGUGGCUUACACAGAUGCUAAAGUAAUAGGAAAUGGCAGUUUUGGUGUUGUCUACCAAGCCAAACUAUGUGAGACCGGUGAACUUGUGGCCAUCAAAAAAGUUCUUCAAGAUAAGCGGUUCAAAAAUCGCGAGCUGCAGAUUAUGCGGCGCCUGGAACACUGCAACAUCGUCAAGUUGAAAUACUUUUUCUAUUCCAGCGGAGAAAAGAAAGAUGAGGUGUUUCUCAAUUUGGUUUUGGAGUUUAUACCCGAGACCGUUUACAAAGUAGCACGUCACUAUAGCAAAUCCAAACAGACUAUUCCUAUAAGUUUUAUCAAACUAUACAUGUAUCAACUCUUUCGGAGUCUGGCUUACAUUCAUUCGUUGGGAAUCUGUCACCGGGACAUCAAGCCACAGAAUCUGUUGCUCGAUCCCGAGUCUGGUGUACUGAAGCUCUGCGAUUUCGGAAGUGCUAAGCAUUUGGUCCAGGGUGAGCCCAAUGUCUCUUACAUUUGCUCACGUUAUUAUCGGGCACCCGAACUCAUUUUCGGAGCCACCGACUACACCACGAAUAUAGAUGUUUGGAGCGCUGGGUGCGUUUUGGCUGAGUUGCUUUUGGGCCAGCCAAUCUUCCCGGGCGACUCUGGGGUCGACCAGUUGGUGGAGAUUAUCAAAGUCUUGGGCACACCCACCCGAGAACAGAUCCGUGAAAUGAAUCCAAACUACACCGAGUUCAAGUUUCCUCAGAUCAAAGCACACCCAUGGCAGAAGGUCUUCCGUGCUCGGACGCCAUUGGAAGCGAUCGAUUUAGUCUCGCGUCUCUUGGAAUACACCCCCUCGGCGCGCAUCUCGCCUUUAGAGGCGUGCGCUCACACCUUUUUCGAAGAACUUAGGGAUCCUCAUACGAGGUUACCCAACGGGCGAGAAUUGCCCGUCCUCUUCAACUUUACUGAACAUGAACUGAAGAUUCAACCGGCCCUGAACGCAGUGCUAAUUCCGCCCCACAUGCGAGGCGCUAGCGGCCUGAUGGGCGUCAUGAACGCCACAUCUCCCUCUCAAGAUUCUUCAGCCACUGGGUCUCCUAAUUCGGCUGGUGGAGCGGAAGGAUCUUCUGCAGCAGGAGCUUCGGGGGCCGCAGGGGGUCACAUUCAUUCACCUCCUGAUGUCUGCUCUUCGACCGGUGAGACUCUUGGAGCCGUCGGAACUGCAUAGAAGAAUCGAAUCCACGAAAAAAGAAGAAGAAGAAAAAAACUAAAAGAAAAGAAUUUAACCACCACCCAAUCGUCUCCUCCUAUAUGCAUGGCAGAAACAGGAGCUGAACCAAGGAAGAAAGGGGAUAACUUUUUUUUUCUUUUUUUGAAUUAAAUGGAAGUUUUUAAAAGCUAGAAGUCUUAAUUAUCGAUUGCAACCGCUGCCAUGGAAACAUUCAUUAAGCGUUAAACGAAAAAAACGAAACAAGAGGAAAAAAGGGUGGGUGACGGGAAGAAAAAGAAAAACUCUCCCCCAUUAAGGAAUGAAGGACUAGACUCUUUUUUGAAACCUCCCAACAGCAACAGCUAAAGAAUUGUAAUUUGUAACAAGAAGCAAAACUUAGAUUUUCAGGACAUAGUCUCUUGUGAGCGCGGGAAAUAUAUUCCUUUUCGGAUUCAUCGCCGGAGCUACGUCCCAGAUAACACGGUCCGGUUACCUUGGUUUAGGUUCUGGAUCGCGGACGUCCCUCCCAUGGUUUAUUUCCCACAUCAUUUGUUUGUUUUUUUUUUUUCCUUCUCGACUCCCCUUAUACCAAAUCGACGGAUUAGCAGAGGAUGUGUAGUUUAUUGCGAGUCCCUCUGCAAGCAAAAAUGGAAGCAAAAAAAAACAAAAAAAAGACAAAAAAGAAAAUUUCACGUGUUGUAGAUCGUGUCGUCCUUACCCCCCCCCCCUCUCUCUCCCUUCCCAACGACACUCCAUCCUCUUUCCCUCCGUUUGUUGUACUGUACAGGAAGAAAACAAAAUCACCUGCUCGAAAGCCACCAGGUGGACUGAUGCGCGGACAAUUUCUCCGCUUCACCUCGUCCUUCCUCAAGAAAAUCUCUCAUCACCCCCAUUUUAGGAGGAGGGCGGUUUCAUAACAACCCUCUCACAACACACACACAACAAGCUGCUGUUGCCAAUUAAUUUGACAAAAUAUCCCUUUUCGUUCACACUAGCCCCGAUUUUUCCUCUUUAUUCAUUUCGUCGACAGCGUGCUCAUACCGUGUGUGCACUACGAUGCUGCUCCUUUACAUCCCUCCUAUCAUGGCUCUUAAAAAAAAACGUAUAUUUCUUCUUUCGAAACGUUCAAAACUCGGAACUUUAUAGACACCUUUUUUUUCUCUCUCUCUCUAUCCCGCUGCUGCCCUCCCUCUCUCUCCUCGUCUGGCGUAACUGAGUGAAGCUGUGCUAUAUGUCUCACGUGUAUGUCCCUAUCCCUGAUUCUCGUUUAUUCUCUUUCAUUCUGGCUAUCUCUCUUUUCCCUUUCUUUCUCUUUCUCUCUCUGAUAGGUUUCGUUUCUUAUUCAUUCACAUCCCUCCCCCACAGCGUCAUGCCGAGUUAAUUUUUUUUUUUUAUGAUUUUAAAAUGCAAUUUCAGUUCUGAGUAGGUCAAUAUUAUUACAUACAAAAGAAAAACAAAAAAUAAAACAAUUGUUUCAGUA